AUGGCGUCGAAAGCAAAGAAGGAAGCCCCUGCCCCUCCCAAAGCCGAAUCCAAAAUGAGGGCCUUGAAAACCAAGAAAGCAGUGCUGAAAGAUAUCCACACCCAUGUCACCCACCUUCCGGUGUCCCAAGACUCUGCGGCUCGGGAGGCAGGCCUAAUACACUUGAAAGAGCAAGCCCAGGAGGAACAAGGUUGGCCACUGUGCCAUCAUAAAAUUCCCCUGAUCACUGACUCAGCCCCAAAGAAGACAGAAGACAACACACUUGUGAUGUCAAGGCCAACAAGCACCAGAUCAAACAGGCUGUGGGAAAACUCUAGGACGCUGCUGUGGCCAAAAGGCAAUGCCCUCAUAAGGGAUGACAGGGAGAAGAAGGCAUUUGUUCUGUCGGCUCCCGAUAUGAUGCUCUGGGUGCUGCCAACAAAACUGAGAUCAUCUAAACUGAGUCCAGCUGGCUAA